AUGAAGCACCUACAUCUUCUAGGCCUCCUCCUACUCUCUUGCCCUUGUCUCCUGCUAUGCACGGUCACGCCGGUGGUGGUCGGCAUCCGGCGUGAAGCUGAAGCACUUGUGAAGUGGAAGGCUAGCUUGGCCAGUGCCGAUGAGUCCCUUGGGCCAUGGUCGUUAGCCAACUCCAGCAGCCUUUGCAUGUGGACAUACAUCACUUGCGACUUUGUCGGGCACAUCACAAAGCUCGUGCUUGAGGAUGUAAGUCUGAAUGGCACACUUGACAAGUUCGACUACUCCGCCUUUCCCCACCUGGAGGAACUCAUCCUGACCGACAAUGGUCUGUAUGGCACAAUUCCAGCAGGGAUUGGCAACCUGACGAGCUUGGUCGCGUUGGAGAUAAGCCAUAACCCGUAUCUGAGGGGUGCCAUCCCACACAGCAUUGGCCAGCUAAAGCACCUUGCUGUACUGCAACUAAUAGAGUUGGGGCUUAAUGAGACACUACCUCAAGAGAUUGGUAACUUAACGAGUUUGGAGGAGCUCCGUCUUAGUUCGGUUACUUUGACUGGACCAAUCCCACCAACCAUUGGGAUGCUUGUGAAGCUGCAGUGGCUGGGCCUGGGAAACAAUAAUCUGAGAGGGAGCAUCCCGCUGGAGAUUGGAAACAUGACAGAACUGCAGAUCAUAUACCUUCAUAAUAACUAUUUGGAAGGGCAGCUGCCAGGUACCAUUUCUCAUCUGGUAAAACUCCAGGAUUUGUAUGUGAAUGGAAACCAGCUCGGAGGCCAGAUCUUCCCCGAUCUUGGGAAUAGCACCUUCCUGCGUUGGGUUCAUAUAGCAUAUAACAACUUCUCAGGGAUGUUCCCAUCAUCCAUUUGCAUAGGAAGAGCACUGACUACGGUCAGUGCUGGAUACAAUGGAUUUACCGGCAUUCACCAUCAGACCUUUCAAAACUGCACAACCCUGCAAUCUGUUGACUUCACGGCAAACAACAUUGUUGCAGAGCUAAGGGACUGUUUUAGUGAGCAUCCAAGACAGCUGACCACCAUUGCUUUCAGUCAAAACCAGCUGUACGGCAAGCUUCUGACAAAUGGGGGUGAGGAUUUCCUUUGUAACCGUACUAAUUUAUUCUUCGUAGACCUAUCAAACAAUGCCUUACAUGGAGAUCUUUCCAAGUGUUUAUGGGACUUGCAAAAUUUGCGAUUCAUGGAUUUGUCCAGCAACUCUUUCAGUGGUGUAGUUCCAUUCUCGAGGACAUGUCAAGCUAAUCUCAAAUGCCUACUCCUAGCCAAUAACCAUUUUAGAGGUACCUUUCCUCUGGGUCUUAAGAAAUGCAUAAACCUUAUUACUCUAGAUCUUGGAGGCAAUAAUUUCUCUGGUAGAAUACCUUCUUGGUUAAGCAUGAGUUUGCCUGACCUCAACUUUCUCCGACUCUCGUCAAACAUGUUUGAUGGCAUUAUACCCCACAAGAUCUUACAAUUUCGCCAGCUCCAAGUAUUGGACUUAUCCAAAAAUAAGCUCACCGGACCCAUUCCAAACGAUUUUAGGAAUUUUACUGGCAUGUCACAAGAACAGAAAAACCGUGACCUCAUAUACUCUAACCAAUAUAUUCAAGUGGAAAUUCAUAUAGUUUGGAAGAAUGUGGAUCAUGUUUACAAUUUGAAGAUAGCAGCCGUGGUGGGUAUCGACUUAUCUGGCAACUCUCUUACACUAGAGAUCCCAAAUGGGCUCACAACCCUUAGUAGACUCAGGUACCUGAACCUUUCAGGAAAUCAUCUGUCAGGCUGUAUUCCUGAAGACAUUGGCAAUAUGGUACUUCUGGAAUCCUUGGACCUUUCUCGGAACCAACUCUCGGGGAAAAUUCCUCCAAGCUUGGCAGCUUUGGAGAGCAUCAGUGUGCUGAACUUCUCGAGCAAUGGUUUAUCAGGGAGGAUACCUACAGGCAGCCAGCUGCAGACGCUUGUUGACCCGUCGAUAUACAGCAAUAAUCCUGGGCUAUGUGGAUUCCCAUUGAAGGACUGCGUAAACUCGUCGACAUCUACACAAACUGAAACAAGCCUGGAUGAAGAUAGAGAGGCAUUGUUGUUGUAUUGCUUUGUGGCUGCUGGGUUCAUCUUUGGGUUCUGGCUGUACUGGGGCAUCUUCUUAUUUCGCUGUGAGUCCUGGAGGUAUUCAUUCUAUGAGUAUGUGGACAACAUGCAAGGCAAGGUAACCAAGAAAGUAUACAGCUGCAUUUCACGCUUCCAGGUCAAAGGGCCUGAAUUAUGA